AUGGGUUUGGCUCGCGAGCUCGAGGGAGGGCAGCUGGUUUGGGCUUAUGGUGUGGGUGAGGGACCCCGUGGAGAGGGUGGUGAUGAGGAGGGAGACGAUGGAGAGGGAGACGAGGGGGAGGGAGAUGGAGAUGGAGGCGACGGAGAGGGAGGCGACGGAGAGGGGGUCGGUCAUGCUGGCGAUCGAUCACAGGUAGCUGCGGAGGAGUUACGGGGUGAUCGCCCGUACGUUCGACGCAGCGUGAGACAGCGUGUGAUGCCUCCACCAGGGGUGGAGGAGAGACUCGUUCAGGUCGAGUCGGAUGUAGCUGCAGUCAGAGGGGAUUUAGCUGCAGUCAGGAGGGAUUUAGCUGCAGUGAGAGGGGAUGUACGCUGGAUGGUCGAGGCGAUUGUGGCUAUGCAUUCUGCCGCGCCCCUACCUCCACGAGCUGGCGCAGCACCACCACCACCACCACCUUUAUCAUAA